AUGAACUCCGAAAACGCCGAAGGAAUCGUUCACCAAGUCGGAACUGAUCCAUCUAUCGACCAUCGUCCUAUGGAAAUCGCCAAGACGAACGAUGAGUCGGCCGAGGACUUGAUACCCGAGGCCGGCAAAAUCUUUUGUGUCACUCCCUGUGGAUUUUCCGAUGACGAGGUGAGUACAUUUCAAAAUUUUUGAUAACUCUAUUUUUUUGAGAAGCUGAUGAAAAGGUUUUAAACUUCAAAAAUUGUAUUGAAAUGGAACGUUAUCUAUUUUUUGAACAAAAAAACAGCAACUCAGUUCGAAGAUGUUGAAUUUUUCCUAGUUUUUACACUUGAUGAAUAAACGUAGUCUCAGUUUCGGAUCUCAGCUCUCAGUUUGAGUGAUUUCAACAAUUUUUUUCAUUUGCUCUCAAAAUGUUUUAGAUGUUACUCUAUCAAAUUCAGUUAACAACCGUAUUUUGGUUAGAAAGAAAAUCUGUAGCGUACCUAUGGUUCGGGAUAGAAUGGGACUUUCGAAUAAGAAAACAAUGAGAAGUCCAAUUGAUUGUAUUCAGGAAACGACCGAAGAUUCGAACUCGGUGGUUGAAGAGGCUUCGAACGUUUUUGUCGACUUGCGACGCUGUCCAGGUACUUAUAUUUCGAUAAGGAAAAAUUUAAAAUUUUAGAGCCACAGUGAAUUGAUAUAUUUCUUGAAGUUUUGCUCAAUUUAACUUCCCAAAUAUUUCAGGAUCAGCUGGACUCUUGGCUUUUGUCGCCCGAUCUUAAGCGUUACCAAAAUUUGUUGCAUGGUCGUCCACAAAACUUGCGUCAGAAGAUGAACAAAGUUGCCAAUAAGGUCAAAAGCUUCAUCACGAAGCAGUUCAACCCUCAGCCGGUAAUAGUUUAUGAAUAUCUUGUAAAGUAAUCUUACUUUUCAGAACCUCAAUGAGAUGAGGAUCAACGAUCGUCUUACUUCUGCCGCAUACAUGAAGACUUUGGCCCCUCAAGUGUCAUUCAACUUCGAAGACUACACUUUCGAGAGAAAGUACUCGGAUUGCGUCAAGGUAGUUUCGUAACAAACAAUUUUUUUAAAUUAUAGAAUUUAGCUUUGGGACGUCUCUGGAACCGCCACUCCCUCUUCCAAAUCGGAUCACGGAUAUGAACCGGUUUUUUUGAAUUACUAACAAUUUCAAUUUUGUCCAAACUUCGGAUGUUCAAGAAUAUCAAUCAAUCUCUCUAUUUCAGAGUUCCAUCAUCCGGCGCCUCAACAGAACGUCCAAGGACCAGAAAUAUGACAUGGUCUGCAUUUCCAAUGAAUAUCUCAAUUUCAACUAUCAAUUACAGCUCUUGACCCCCGCUCCCGUUGAUCGAGACUCGAUCCUUGAUCGUCUUCCACCAAACGACCCGUCGGUCAGUUUAACUUUUCGACUUGAAAUAAUUGACCUCCACUUUGUAUCUCUAGAAACUUUAUUGCCAUUUCGAAACGUCUGAUUUUCAAAUUGGGUUAGAAAUCAUUUUAUCACAUGAGUUUUACUACAAAAAACAGUACAAGAAAAAAUUUAUCAAUUUGACGCAAUCAAAAACCUAAAAAGAGUUUUUUUUUUUCGAUGUUUGUAUUUUCUGAAUUAAAAACUUUUUAUAGAACCGUACGACACCACCAGACAACGUAUACUUCACGCUAGCCGGCUAUCAUCCGUUCUCCAGUCCCUUCAACAGAGAGCAGGCUAGAGACUAUCCAUUAUUCAAUAAUUCAAUGUUCUUUUCAGGAACUUUCCUUUUCGGAACAUCGUCGUCGAGCCAAGGCCAUCAUUGAGAAGCGUGCAGAAGAAGAGCUGAAGAAUCCUUUCUCUGCUUCUCGAUUCAAUGCUAAGGUAUUCAGUUACGAAAUGGAAUGAUAAUCCUUCAAACUUUUCAGUUCAAAGAGAUGAUGUUAGAAGCAAUCGAUGAGAAUGAGGACGAGGAAACUUCAGCCUUCCGUCCGACGGUUCCCACUGGUCCUAUGAACAUUCGGCAAAUUUUCGUGAGUUUCAUCAUUUUUUUCAAAAAAAGUUUUAUCAAUGAAAAUAUAUGUAAAGUUGAGAAAUGCGCGCGGCUCUCUAUCAGUUUUUUUCCAAGUCCCAUGGAAUAAAAAAAGCUUCUUUUUCCAAUUAUUUUUCUCAGCGCUUGACAAUUUCCAUUGAUUUUGAUGAAAAAAAAAUGUAUAGGUCCAAAAUUCUAUGAAAAGACUACAAAAAUAAAAUUAAAUGGAAGAUAGUAAAUAAAGUUCUUUCAGGGUGACGGCUCCAAGGAUUCCGGAAAGGAAAUCACGUCCAACGACGUCGAAGAGGCGGAUGACGCCGACGAUGAUGAUGUCGUCAUUUACCGUCUUUAA